UGGGCGUCAAUUAUCGUUCAUCAUUUUCAGUAACCAUCGUCUAAUUGGUAACAUCAAUUAUCGUUUCAUCAUUCGUAACAAAUAUCGUCUUACUGUUUUAUAUCAUGUCGGACGAUCCAGAUAUUCAAUUUUCGGUCGACGAUCUUGUGGCACAACGAAAAAUAUAUCGUACAAAAAUCACAAAAAUGUUCAAUCAGCUAAGUGUACUUGGCACUAUGCCUGAAAUAGAUACAGCAUCAUCGCUAUAUUCGGACUACGAAGAUAUCAUCCUUGAACUAGAAGAACAUAAUGUUAUUGAUGACAAUGUUCACAUGGACAAACUGAACCAAAUAUUGAAAUUCAUUAAUCUAUACGUUCAAAUCGAUGAUCAAACAUCUCAAAAUAUUUCAUCUUCAAUUUUAUUCAAUCAAUGCCAACAAGCAAUCAAUGAGUUGAACAAAAUGACAACCACAUUUUCUGCAGCUUUUGGUCUUAUUUGCAAAUUACAGGCAAAACUAGAUUCAUCUAGCUUAGCACCAUCAACACCAAUAUCUAUGAAUCCGGAAGCCAACGUGGGCUCCAACCGAUCAUCCACACCAUUAUCUGGUUCAACAACCAAUGCGAAUCCAAAUCGUUCACCAACGCCAGAUAAUAUUGCAAACAAUAGUAUUGUAGUCGCAAACCGAUCCAUGCAAAAUAUUCAACCAUUAUUGCGGCUAUCACCAAUAUCAACAAGUCAAUCACCACCGAUCAACAACGUUCUAAACCAUGGUCAUCCAAUGAAAGUCAAAGCUGAAGAUAUGCCUAAAUUCAACGGUUCAGCUAUUCAAUGGCCAGAAUUCAAAGAUGCUGCCCUUGAAUUAAUUGUCAACAAUACAUUGAUUCCAACGGCAAACUCUAAAUUUCGACGUUUAUUCAGUGCAUUACCGUUAGAAGCACAGACUCGAAUAAGGAAUCAACGUGAAAAUCCGAAUUUCGCAACUAUAUUCAACAUUCUCGAUAAAUUUUAUGGUUCACCGGCGAUCAUUAUUAAGGAAUUAACAAGUAAAAUAUAUUCAUUACCGUAUCUGCGCUUGGAUGCUGGGCCGAGCUUGUAUGCCAAAUACUACGAUUUAUUGUUGAACUUCCGUCUCAAACAAAUUGCAUUAGUAGCUGAUAUUAAAGCUGCUUUUCAUUGUGUAUACAUUCAAAAAGAUCAUCAAAAAUACGUUAAAUUUCUUUGGAAAGAAAAUAAUCAACUAGUGUGCUAUAAAUUUUUAAGAUUGCCAUUUGGAUUAACAUCAUCACCCUUUUUGUUAAAUAUUGUUAUUAAUCAUCAUAUCGAAAAAUAUGUACGUGAAUUUCCAGAAAUAGUUUCAGGAAUUCAAUCAAGUCUUUACGUUGAUGAUCUAGUAAGUUCAGUUAAUACCAUUCAGGAAGCCAUUGAUUUCCAUGAGGUUUCCACAAACAUCUUUAAAGAAGCGUCAAUGGUAUUGCGGAAAUGGCAGUGUUCUGAUCCUCAACUCGAUAAACAAUGGUCAGAUGGAUUAGGUGAAAGUAAAGUCCUCGGCAUCAUUUGGAACAAAGUCGACGACAACAUUCAAAUAGUGAUACCAUCAAUUGACCUAUCCGCUGACAUAACUAAACGUUAUUUAUUGGGAAUCAUAGGGUCAGUCUAUGAUCCAAUGGGAUUAAUUCUACCAACAGUAUUGCGACUAAAAUUCUUCAUUAGUGAUUUAUGGACGAGAAAAAUUGAUUGGGAUGAUGUAUUAACUCCCAAACUUCAUGGCAAUGCAGUAACAAUUUUGAAUGAAAUCAAAGAAUUAAAAAAUAUCAAAUUAUCACGAAAAUUGUUUAAUUCACCAUCAUCAAAUUAUGAUCUCAUUAUCUUUUGUGAUGCAAGCAACAUCGCAAUUGGAGUGGCUGUAUAUCUUAGCAAUGGAUCCGAAGCCAGAUAUAUUUAUGGAAAGUCAAAAUUGUUGAAACCAAGAAAAACAGUCACUGGUGAAUUGUUGGCUUUAUCAAAGGGUGCCAGCAUUGGUAACGCGUUCAAAUCAAUGAUACAAAUCAACAAAACCAUCCUUGUUUCCGAUUCAAAAGUAAAUGUUCAACGAUUGACUAAUGAUAUCAACAAAUAUCCUCAAUGUGUUGCCGUGCAUCUUUAUAAUAUUCGAAAUAAAAUCGAUGCAAUUCAUUGGGUAGCCGGUAAAAGAAACCCGAGUGAUUUUCUAACUCGAGGUGCAAGCCCUGAACAAUUGAUGGAUAUUCAGGUGCUCAAUAUUGAAUUAUUGCAAGAAAUCUAUAGUGAAACAAAUCAAUGUUCAUCACUUUUAAUCAACAUAUCAAACAAAAUACAAAGUGAUAUCAUCAUUAAUCAAUCGCUCACUUAUGAAAAAUGGAUUGAAUUGGCAAAGCAACAUAUCUGUCAAAUAACGGAUCAAUCUUUAGAUCCAUUAACAAUGCUCAUUCGUUUGAAUCAACAAUAUUUCAUAGACGAAAUCAACAAAUUUCCUAACGUUUAUUUGGACGACAAUUGUGUAAUUCGGUGCAAUACAAGAUUGGAUAAUUCAGAUCUUGAUUUUGAUUGCAAAAAUCCAAUCUUCAUUCCCAAAAGUUCGUUUUUAGAAGCAUUGGUGACUAAAAUUCAUCAGAACAUUGGCCAUGGAUCAUUAUAUCGAACAAUGUGCGAAUUCCGGGAAACAUACUUUACUCCAAAGCUUCGACAAAUGGUAAAAAAGUUAAUAAACAAAUGUACAAUAUGUCAAAUCAACAAAGCCAAACCGUUGGAAGCAUUUUAUGGCAUACCACCAUCAAGUAGAGUCUCGAGAAGCAUGCCUUUCAACACCACCGGUAUAGAUAUGUUUGAAAUUCGCCAUCCAAACAAAUUGUAUGGACUACUGUUUACAUGCUUUGCAUCCAGAGCCAUACACCUUGAACCGGUUGAUGAUUGUUCAUCAUCUGAAGUUUUAAAAGCGUUACGAAAUUUCGCUGCCAUUCGUGGAUGUCCAUCUGUGAUAUAUUCAGAUAACGGUUCGAACUUUAAAAAGCUAGGCAAAUUAUUAAAUAGUUGUUUGAAUCAGAUCAAAAUCGAAUGGCACUUUACAACGCCUUAUAGUCCUCAUCGUGGUGGUGCAUGGGAAGCAUUAAUUAAAUCUACAAAACGUGCAUUAUACGGAAUUGUAUGGCGAAAAGAAUUAAAUAGUGAAAAUUUCAGAACAAUAUUGUACGAAUUAGCUGCCAUCAUAAAUUCCCGACCAAUAGCCUCCAUCGAAAAUACGAUACUGACCCCAAAUAAACUAAUCUAUGGGGCAGAAAUAAGAAAAUCACCACAACCACCGUACAAAUCUGACAUGAAAAUGGACCUGCUGACCGAAUGGAGAAGCAAACGACGAGACAUAAACUCGGCUUGGAAAGUCUGGUCCGACUUGUAUUUGAAGCAUUUGCGAAACUUCCACAAAUACUCUACAAAAUACGUACAUUCCAACAUUGGCGAUUGGGUGUUAAUCAAAGACAAUCGAUACAACAGAGAAAGGUGGCCAACAGGCCAAAUUGUUGGAACAAUUCCGGAUGCUAAUGGAAUAAUACGCACGUAUCGCGUGCAGGUUGGUAAUGAAGUAAUGACAAGAAACAAUCGAGAUAUAUACCCACUUGAAGGGGGGGAGAAUUUGCAGCCGAAUCUGUCAAAAUAGCCUCA